UGCCGGCAGGUCCGGCAGCCAGUGUUCCUGGCCCGUGUUUAGGGUUCCUGGUGUCUCUGGGCACAGCGUCGCUCUAGCCAUGGCUUGGAUUCUGACUGCAUCACAGCAUCACGAAAGGCGUGCGUCCUCGGAACCUCUUUAGUUUCGGAAACCAGCCGCAGGCACCUUCGCGUCGGCGGAACAGAACUCUGGAAUGGAUGGACUCUACCCGGGCUGCUUUGCUAAUUUGCAUCAGCUGGACAAUGUUCCUCAUUAAUAUCUGUCUGUCAGCAUAAACGUCACAUCAUUUCACUCUGGUGGCAGGGACUCAGCUCUGAAUUCUAUAUAGGAAAAGCAUCUGGAUUCCAGUCUUUCAAUGGCUUCAAGACAACCAGAAGUGCCUGGUAAAAAUUCUUUUGCUCUUGAGCCUAACGGGCCUCUAGGCAAGAUGUCCCUGCCCAUCGGGAUGCACCGCCGGGCAUUCAGCUAUGAUGAUGCCCUGGAGGACCCUACACCCAUGACUCCUCCUCCAUCGGACAUGGGCAGCAUCGCCUGGAAGCCUGUGAUUCCAGAGCGCAAGUAUCAGGACCUCGCCAAGGUGGAGGAAGGAGAAGCCAGCGUCUCCUCACCUGCCAUGACCCUGUCAUCGGCCACUGGUAGUGUGGACAAGGUCCCUGUGGUGAAGGCUAAAGCUACCCACGUCAUCAUGAAUUCUCUGAUCACAAAACAGACCCAGGAGAGUAUUCAACGUUUUGAGCAACAGGCAGGGCUGAGAGAUGCUGGCUACACACCCCACAAGGGCCUUACCACCGAGGAGAACAAGUACCUUCGCAUGGCAGAAGCACUCCACAAACUAAAGCUACAGAGUGGAGAGGUGACAAAAGAUGAGAAGCAGUCUGCCUCGGCCCAGUCCACGCCAAGCAGCACCCCCCAGUCUUCUCCGCGGCAGAAGUCCAGAGGCUGGUUCACUUCUGGCUCCUCCACAGCAUUACCUGGCUCAAAUCCUAGCACCAUGGAUUCUGGAAGUGGGGAUAAGGACAGAAACUUGGCAGACAAAUGGAACCUCUUUGGACCGAGGUCCCUCCAGAAGUCUGAUUCAGGAGGUUUUGCCACUCAGGCCUAUAAAGGAGCCCAGAAACCUUCUCCAAUGGAACUGAUGCGAGUCCAGGCCACCCGGAUGGCAGACGACCCAGCAGCCUUCAAGCCACCCAAAAUGGACAUCCCAGUGACAGAAGCGAAGAAACAACUGCCAAGGACCCAUAAUCUCAAACCCCGUGACUUGAAUGUGCUCACACCCACUGGCUUUUAGAACUUUCUAUUCAGGGACUCUGGAGAGAAGGUGUCUUGCACCUGACUCCCCUAUCUACCUUAGCUCUGACAUAGGAAAAGUUUAUUAUUUUUAAAAAUCUCUCAAACUGAGGCUAGAGCUGGAGACAUAAUUGUGUUUGAGAAACAUUAGCGCAAAGCUUGCCCUUCUGUGGAAGAAGCCAUUUUGUACUCUUUGAAAUUAGAUUAAGUAAUCUCAGCGGUGACGUGGGGGACCUCAUCACCUAUUUUGAUAUCAUCUGAUCUGGGCAAGCACUUUGAUAGAGUCCAAGGUAAAUAACGCUUAUGUUGAUCUGAGACCACGGCUUCCUGAUUCCUUUUCCACUGCCAUUGUGCCCAUGCGCAAAUCAUGGAGUCGAAGGGUGUUCACUGGUUUGGACGGCUCUGGACUCUGCUGGCACUGUGCUCCAGCCUGGUCACUUAGGGGCACCUACAAGGUGUUUGAGAUCUGGUACAGCUCUUCCUGUGCCAGAACUGGAGUCUCCAUGUUUGCUGUAAACCUUAUGGACCACUUUGUCCUACAGCUGGUUCUUAACGUGGUUCUUCUUGGGCCAGUACUGUUUUAUGUGUCAUAGAACAAACACUAGUCUUGCGUAUCAACUUGGUUGCACUUUAAAGUGAGAUUAAUUUAACUACGAUUUGUUUGAAAACUUCAUUCCAGAGAAAAUUCAGUCUGUUGGUUUGGUAAAUAUGAGUGGAUGUUAAAUUCUUUAAAUGAAGGUGGUAACUAGUUAGGUUAUAGGCUUGAGGCUCAUGUGAAACUGCCGUCACCUUGUUUGAAUUUCCUUGUUCAGGUCAGAGCCUGAAACUUUAUUCUGGGACGUAGAACAAUUAGAAAUAUUUCUACAUGAAAUCAUUUUUCUCCCAAGUGAGCCUCAUACCUUCAUUACUGAGGAAAGGAAAAGGGAAAAUGCCUUUUAUUUUGCUUCACUGUGGCCAUGCUCAGUGGACAUGGUAUCUCUAAUUCCUGCUGGGUUAUUUUGGGUAGUAUCAUGUAUGGAUAAAGAGCUGAGUUGACCUUUCCAUAGAGAGAGGCCCUGGAGUCUAAAGUGAUUAGAACGAUUAAUUUAUUUGUGUCUUCUGUUAUGCUUGUAUCACCUGUUUUGACAAUAAAAUUCCUUUCCUAC